AUGAGCACGCUGUAUCUGUGUAUCCGUACUGUAGUGCCAGUGCUCCGUACACCUAUGGCACUGCCGGGAAAGUACUGGUACGCCCUGCAGCGCUGGGUCGGCGCAUCAUCUGGCAUCCCGUCAACCCUGCUCCACCUGGUGGCAGCGGCGUCGGUGCAUCGACUCGCCAACGGCGACCCACUACAAUUUUGCUGGCCCGCCAGGCCCGCCCAGCUUUCCGACAGCGGUCACCGUCCAGCGACCGGUUGGCGACUCGAGCCCCCUGGCGCAGCCACCACGUUGCCUUCCCAGCGACCUCGCGCCCAACUACCGCCAAUCGAACGCCCUGCCGUCGUCCGUUCGUCUUCUCAAACUCUCACCUCCCUCCCCUGCCCUCCGCAUCGUCCUCGUCCCUCGCCCUCUUCCCUCGUCCUCCCUACACACACUGCACUCUUCCUUCCCGCCUCCUCCCGCAGUGGCAGCAUCUCCUUGCUAUCCGCAGCGGCCGACCCGAAAAGACAAUCGCAGGCCUCGAUCGUUGAGCUACCCAACAAGCUCUCGCUCGCACGCACGCAACCCUUUCCUUCUUCCGUCACGUCCGCGUCCGAGACGAGCAACAGGUCACGUCUCGCAGCCAUGGCUCAGGCUUCCAGCAACAGCGCCGAUGGUGCCAAGGGCCAGCUGUCCGCCAACGACAAGAUCCAGCGCUUCGCCGCUCCCAGCCGGCCGCUCAGCCCCCUCCCGGCCCACGCCCUCUUCAACGACAAGACCCGAUGCUUCGUCUACGGCCUCCAGCCCCGUGCCGUCCAAGGCAUGCUGGAUUUCGACUUCAUCUGCAAGCGCAAGACGCCCUCGGUCGCCGGCAUCAUCUACACCUUCGGAGGCCAGUUCGUCAGCAAGAUGUACUGGGGCACGAGCGAGACCCUCCUGCCCGUCUACCAGGCCGUCGACAAGGCCGUCGCCAAGCAUCCCGACGUCGACGUCGUCGUCAACUUUGCCUCCUCGCGAAGCGUCUACAGCUCCACCAUGGAGCUGAUGGAGAACCCUCAGAUCAAGACGAUUGCCAUCAUCGCCGAGGGUGUCCCCGAGAGGCGAGCCCGUGAGAUUGCCCAUGUGGCCAAGAAAAAGGGCGUGACCAUCAUCGGGCCCGCGACGGUCGGCGGCAUCAAGCCCGGCAGCUUCAAGAUCGGCAACACCGGCGGCAUGAUGGACAACAUCGUCGCCUCCAAGCUCUACCGCAAGGGCUCCGUCGGCUACGUCUCCAAGUCCGGCGGCAUGUCCAACGAGCUCAACAACAUCAUCUCCCAAAACACCGACGGCGUCUACGAGGGAAUCGCCAUCGGCGGUGACAGGUACCCCGGCACCACCUUCAUCGACCACAUGCUGCGGUACCAGGCCGACCCCGAAUGCAAGAUCCUCGUCCUGCUCGGCGAGGUCGGCGGCGUCGAGGAGUACAAGGUCAUCGAUGCCGUCAAGCAGGGCGUCAUCACCAAGCCCAUCGUCGCCUGGGCCAUCGGCACGUGCGCGAGCAUGUUCAAGACCGAGGUCCAGUUCGGCCACGCCGGCUCCUUCGCCAACUCGCAGCUCGAGACGGCGGCCAUGAAGAACAAGAUGAUGCGCGAGGCCGGCUUCCACGUCCCCAACACCUUCGAGGACAUGCCCGCCGUCCUCAAGGACGUCUACGACAAGCUCGUCAAGAGCGGCAACAUCAAGCCCCAGCCCGAGCCCGUCGUCCCCAAGAUCCCCAUCGACUACUCGUGGGCCCAGGAGCUCGGCCUCAUCCGCAAGCCGGCCGCCUUCAUCUCGACCAUCUCCGACGAUCGUGGCCAGGAGCUGCUCUACGCCGGCAUGCCCAUCUCGGACGUGUUCCGGGAGGAGAUCGGCAUCGGCGGCGUCAUGUCCCUCCUCUGGUUCCGCCGCCGCCUGCCCGACUACGCCUCCAAGUUUCUGGAGAUGGUGCUCAUGCUGACGGCCGACCACGGUCCCGCCGUGUCGGGCGCCAUGAACACCAUCAUCACCACGCGUGCCGGCAAGGAUCUCAUCAGCGCCUUGGUCUCGGGUCUCCUGACCAUCGGCUCUCGCUUCGGCGGUGCCCUCGACGGCGCCGCCGAAGAGUUCACCAAGGCCUUCGACAAGAACCUGAGCCCCCGAGAGUUCGUCGACAACAUGCGCAAGGCCAACAAGCUCAUCCCCGGCAUCGGCCACCGCGUCAAGUCGCGCAACAACCCCGAUCUGCGCGUCGAGCUCGUCAAGGAGUACGUCCUCGCCAAGUUCCCGAGCCACAAGCUCCUCGACUACGCCCUCGCCGUCGAGACGGUGACGACGUCGAAGAAGGACAACCUGAUCCUCAACGUCGACGGCUGCAUCGCCGUCUGCUUCGUCGACCUUCUCCGCAACUGCGGCGCCUUCUCCGCCGACGAGGCCGAGGAGUACCUGUCCAUGGGCGUCCUCAACGGCCUCUUCGUCCUCGGCCGAAGCAUUGGCCUCAUCGCCCACUACCUCGACCAGAAGAGACUGCGCACUGGUCUGUACCGUCACCCUUGGGACGACAUCACCUACCUCCUGCCCAACCUGGCCGAGGGCCGGCCUGGCGCCGAAGGCAGAGUGGAGGUGCAGAUGUGA